ACGUGACGUGAUGUCCAGACUGGGAACAACUUGGAACGCCUGCUGGAGAAUGCCGAAGAGGAUGAGAGUCACGAGAUUUCACAAUUCAAAAUGUCUAUUUUUUCAAUUUUUAGCGUAGGUUUGGGGCUUCUCUGUGUUCACAUCGGCGCUUUUUCUCCGCCUAAGUAUUCUAGAUGUAUCAGCAAAGAUUUUGGACAAGGAGGGACCGUUUGUCUUUGCUCAGAAAAUGAGUGCGACUCAUUCAGCGAAGGAAUUCCUCUUGGAACGGAAGAAUAUGCAGUUUACACGAGUUCUAAAGCGGGAGAACGUUUUAGUCUUAAGACAGCGAAGUUUGAAAAGAGUUUGACUGUGAAGUCCUCCGUAGAAGAUGUCCGUUUGAUGGUAAAUUCUAGCGUCAGGUUUCAAAAGAUUCUCGGGUUUGGGGGUGCAUUUACAGGUAAACUGGUGUUAUGUAGGAUCAGUGAGUGCAUAUCUUCUAAAGUUAUACGAGCUUGGGUGUAUUUGGUGGUUUGUUUUAGGAGUUACAUCACAUUUUUGAAGCAGGGAGAUACGUAUGGGCAAUUACGUGGGAGGAUUAUUGUGAUCUGUAAGAUCUGAAGGGUGACCAGCACACUGAAUAAACUUGUCCCUUUAAGGCGUAGGUUGACUUUCUUUUAGCCAAAAAAUAUAAGUUGAAUGAUCGCAAGCCGAACUAUUGGUUUUAAAAUAUUAAAUGCAAAAAAAUCCUAUCACAGAGAAUUAAUAGAUAAGCCCAUGAAAAUAAAUUUAUUUGUGGAGUUCUUGAUCUAUGCUGGGCACCAGUAAAAAAUGAUCACAACUCUGACAAAGGCAACUUAAAUACCCUACUUAGAAUAUUGAGUGUUUGCUCACUACAAAAAAAAUACAAACAAAAAAGAUCUCUGAUGAAAAUGUUUGUCAGAUACUGCAAAUUAAAAGAACCUUGUGUCUAGACAGUGACCAAUUUAAACCAAUCAACAUGAGUGUUCCUUACCCCUUUACAUCCCAACAUCAUUAUGCAUAUUCUCCACACUUUUCUCUAGACAUUUUGUAGGUUGCUGACAAGGAGAACUUGUUUAACAAUCAAGAGCUUCUUUAGUUGGUGAUCAUUUCCUGUAUUCUUGUUACCUUAAUGUUUGAUUCAGGGGUAAUAAUGUAGGGAGAAAUUAGAUGCCAGUCACUCAUAGCAGUCAAAGGGUUAAGUUGUGCAAGGAGACAUGUUACUGAUCAGAAUACAUUGUGUUGUGUAUCAAGCUUUUUAAUCUUCUGAUGGCUGCAUCUUUCAACAAUGAUUAAAGUAAAGUUAUCAGUGUUUUUUCAUUGGCUGGGCAUGAUAGAGGCCAAUUAAUUCUUCUGUGUCUUCUUACAGAUGCUGCCUCAAUUAAUAUUUACAACAUCAGCACAGCCUUGAGGCAGAAACUUCUUUCUUCAUAUUUCUCAGAGGAAGGUAUUGAGUAUAACAUUGGACGUAUUCCUAUGGCUAGUUGUGAUUUUUCUACAAGACCUUACUCCUACAAUGAUCAUGUUGGUGAUCUUGAGAUGGCCAACUUUAGCUUGGUUGAUGAAGAUGUAAAAUUGAAAAUUCCACUGAUGUUGACAGCGAUGAAGAUGAGUAAGAAAAACAUCACAUUUUUUGGAAGUCCAUGGUCUGCACCUGCAUGGAUGAAAACAAAUAACAAGAUGACUGGGUUUGGUCAAUUAAAGGGCAAGGCAGGAGAUAAAAACCACAAAGCAUGGGCUUUGUACUUUGCCAAGUUUAUUGAGGCAUACAAGGAGAAAGGAAUAAAGAUCUGGGCAGUUACAGCACAAAAUGAGCCAUCUGAUGGAUUUAUUCCAUUGUAAGAUAAUCAUUGUUCUGUGCUCUUUAAUAAUGGGCAAGCUUUAAAGUUGUGUAGAAGCAUGGUUUAAAGUGCAUUCUGUGUUGCUAGCAAUUAUGUUGAAAACUUCUUGCAUUGUAGGAUAGACUUGUGUUGUUUACAAGGGUUCGUGAGGUAACAAUCCAAACCUGUGACCAGACAAUUUUGAUCUAUUUUUACUUCCUUGAUAAUGAUUGAUAAAAGGGUAAAAAUUUGAGUUCAUUCUAUUAGAAUUUUGUUUCCUCAUCUUCUGAUGAUGAAACCAUAUCACAUAUUUUUCUUCCUCUGCAUUGAAUUUAGUAAUACUCUACAUAUUAAAGAUUUUGUUUACGUCAAACACUUACUACAAACUGUAAAUACAAUCAUUAAAUGGGGUACAAGAACAUGGCUUUGGUGUCAUUUCAGAAAAAAAGCCCUAUGACCAUUGUGAAGUAAAUAGCAUUUAUCUGCGUCAGCAUACAAAUGUUUAAAAGUAAAAUUGAUUUUAUCUAAAAAUUGUUUUCAACAUUUUUUUUUUCAUUCUAGAGACAUUUUCACAUCUCAUAAAGAAGAAAAAUACAAAAGAAUUAAACUGGUUGAAAUUACUUCAACCCAAAUUGAUUUGAAACGACAACAUCUGCAUUUUAGUGCUAUAGAUGAAAAUUAAUUUUUAUUUUUUAUCUUCCUUUCUUCCAGUUUUUCAUUUCAGUGUAUGGGAUACACAGCUGCAAUGGAGAGAGAUUUUAUCAAGGAGGACUUAGGGCCUAUGCUAUCAGCUCGUGGCCAUGCUGAUGUGAAGAUAAUCAUGCUUGAUGAUCAGCGCAUGUUUUUGAAGUCAUGGGCAAACACCAUUCUUACUGAUCCAGAUGCUGCUAAGUAUGUCGCUGGAAUUGGUGUUCACUGGUAUGAAGAUAUAUUUCUUCCUGCCAAAGCGCUGAGUGACACUCACAACAGGUGAUUGCUGUGAUCUAGGUUAUCUGUUAACCCUUUUACCCCUAAGAAUGACUAACAUCUAAUUUCUCCUUACAAUAUCACCCCUGAAUGCAGUAAGGUCAUGAGAAUAAAGAAAACUAUCAGUAGUAAAAGAGGCUCUUGAUUGUUGCACAAAUUCUCCUAGUCAGCACCUUAGGGAAUGUAUAGGGAACAGUAUGGAGAAUAUCUUUACUGAUGUUAGGGUGUAAAGGGUUAAAUGGGUAUUAUUACUAUUAUUAUCUUUCAAGCCUUAACACCCUGGCAACAGUAUGCAAGUUCUUCCUAAUGUUCUCUAUACAUUAGCUAUGGAUAAUCUAUCUGACAAUCAUGGACGUUUUAACUUGAGUUCCUAAUCAUUUCCUCUAUUUUCAUGACCUAAAUGUUUUAUUCAGAUCUGAUACUCUUUGGAGAAAUCAGAUGCUUAUCAUUCUUAAGAUGUAAAGGGUUAUUGCAUGUUUUAAAUUUGAGGAGAGAACACAAAGUGACCUUACAAGGGCUAAUGUACGACUCAUUGUAUUUUUCUUUGGAAGAACGUUUAAUACGCCUUUUUGAUAAAUCAUUAUCCUCGAAAGAACAAUUAGGCUAGGAUAUAGACAUAGACAGGAUAUAAAAAUAACUCUACUUAUGCAAACUUCUAGUAGCAAUUUUCAGAAAAUUUUCCUGGAAAAGGAUAGGAUUGAAAUUGAGGGAACUGAGAAUUUACUGGCUAAAUUUCAAGAUUAAAGUUGACAAAGUUGACUCUAAUUUGAUUGAUAACUUAAGUUGCAAACUUAAAAAUGUAAAAUGGUAAUUACAUUAACUUAAAGAAAUUGUUUUACUAAUAUUGUAGAGGAAACUUAUUUCUUUUCUCUUUGUCAGGUUUCCUGAUUACUUCAUUCUUGCUACCGAAGCCUGUAUUGAUCCCCACCUCUCCAAACCUCCUAUAGUCAGCCUGGGGAACUGGGCGAGAGGGAAUCGGUACAGCCAUAGUAUAAUUGAGGUUUGUGCUCUGCUUGAUCUUAUUAUAGACACACCUUGGAAUCUAUGUUUUUUCAGGAAAGGCUCAGAUGAGAAUGAUUAACAUUGUGUUUUAUAUCUGGUUAUUCACCAUCGUUGCGAGUUUUAAUCAAACUAUUGAAGAACUGAGCCAGAAAAGAUACUUUUUUACAACUUAAAUUUGUAGACGCGGUUAAUUUUGCUCAGAUUUUGCAAGUUUUUUUUCUUUCCCUGGUUUUUUUUGUAUGGCCUGACCUUUAAUCGCAAAAUAGGCGCUGAAAAUUCAAAAAAGAAAAUACCUCUACCGUUCUUACUAUCGCACUGUAUUUGGAAAGAUAUACGUAUAACCUAUAUUAUUCUAAACAAAGCCCAGGUCCCAAGGUGAUCUACUGAUUUGCCAUUGAUUUUUUUUAUCCAAUACUGUAUGCAUAAUGAAGUAUUGGGCUGUAAGGAAGUCUUGUCUAAUACUCGAUAGUGACCGACGUUUUGGCAACCUCAGCGUAUAAGUCAUAAUCAAAUUUAAGAGAGUAAAUGUUAGCCAGUCGAGUGUUAUAGGAUCCUGUUCGUGGAAAUUUUUCUGAAUUGAAAUUUGCCUCAAGAUUGUAUUAAGGUAUUUCAGCUCUGAUUGUUCCGUUUCGAUCCAUCAUUCUGUUUGGUCUGCUGGUUAUGAAAAAUUCGUUUUCAUGGUGCCAGUAGUUGUAGACGUUAAUAAGGAAAACCGGUUUUCUAAAUUUGGGGCAGAGGGUCAUUAAUUUUAAGUGAGCUAUUCUGCUUUGUAAUUGUCACAUCAUCUUUUCUCUUCGCUCGUUUGUGUUCGCUCGGUGUUAUAUGUAUUAUAUUAAACCAAAGGGUGUUUGCAGUUCAAAGUUAACUUAGCGGCGCAGCUCCAUAGCAGGUCAACAAAUGGUUUAUCAUACCUAAAGUAUUAAACUUGUCUCCACAAGAGAAAAAUCGCAAUUUUCUUUCCCUUCUUUUUAGGAGUAGAUACACCUAAUUGCCAGUGACGAUGUUUCAGAAAAAAGCAGAAAAAAAAGAAAAAAAAUCCGGCGUUAGCGUACAAUUUUUUUUCUAAUUAUUGAAAUCGCUUGAAAUUUCUAAACAACAUCUGAUACUCUCAAAAAGUUCGAAAGUGGAAAUUUUGUGAAAAUUUCCUGCUUCCGGGCAGUUAUAGCCCGAGAGUAGUUUUAAAUGCUAAUAUAGUAAAUAAAUCCCUUUUUAGACUUGUUCCUUUUUUGUUAUUACAAUGUGUUUUUCCUAUGACAACGUUAUUGCAGGUACCCUAUACUGAAAAGGUUUACUUUUCACUUCAUGGAAAAAAUAUUAGUCUUUUAUUUACUUGGCUGAUUUCCCAAUCAACCUUGGAAGGUCGAUUUCUAGAAAGUGUCAAGGAAAAUUUGAAUGCUUCAUUUACGGGACACUUUUCAUAAAAGAAUGGAAUCCCUAUAUUAAUAUCUACGCCGAUACCAUCCGUUUUUAAGUCUUUGUUUAGAGACAAUUUUAAAAAUUUCUAUACGAUUUUUAAUAAAGUAUUGUUUUACUAAGAAUUUUUUACAUUCACAGCAGCUCUUAUUUUUUGACUUGAUAAUAAUGUUGACAUUUUCUGGACGUGAAAAUGUCGUUUUCAAGUUCUUUUGUUUGAUUUACUUAAUGCUUUCAAAGCAAUGUUUUAAUCGCGGUUUUUUAAUCGACUCAAAUGUUCGCAAAAAAAAAAAACCCGCUCCUUAACCUGGAAAAUUCACAGAGCAAAUAGCUGUUUUUAUGAGCAUGAAAACAUUUAUUGACACGCGUUGGUAACUUUCCACUUCACAGAGGAAAUAGCUUCUUUUGCAAGUGAGCAUGAAAACACUUAUUGAUACGCGCUGGUAACUUUUCGGCGGAUGUGUUUAUCGUCUGGAGUCGUUUCCCUUUUUGUUACUUAUUCGUCAGAUAGAGAGUGAUUUAGCGGACUAACUCAAAAAUUUGCCUAGCUUCUAAAGAGCGGCUGCGUAGAGCUGGGUCAGUUGGCAGUUGGUACAACCGCCCAACUAAUAUCUAGGAGGCAUGGGUUCGAAUCGCGUCGAAGCUUGAUUUUUUCUAAGCUUCUUUCUUACAAAGCUGAAAUUGCAUUUCAUCCGCAAGGAUGAUUUCUUUGUUUGGAAACCAUUUUUAAUUGAUUCCUGAAUUUAAUCUAACUUUUCGACGUAAUAUGUGUAAUUUUCAUUUUAAUUUAAGUGGAUGAUUUGAGAACCACUCAUUUCGUUGCAAUAUUUAGCGGACGGAUUGCCACAAAGAAGGGAGUUGACGAAAUUUCCUUCGUACGACACUAUAUUACUUUCAAACGAAGCCAUGGACAAGCGAUGAAAAAAACAGCUGUCAAAUUUUGAGCAAAGAUGACAGGUUUAUUUGCUGUCGAGAGCAGUUCGGCCUGUCAUGUAUCACAUCUUCCGACGAAGUGUAUACAUUUUGCAAUGUCGCGUAUAUUGUAUAACUCGCAGAGGUUCAGGAUACUUAAAGACGUUUUUUUCGUCAUUUUUUAAUUCUAGCUGUUGCGAGAAUAUUUAUACAAAACUUGUGGUUUCUGGUGCCGCUUGGACAAAAGCUUCAAGGGACCCCUUGUAUUUAGUACCCGUCAUCCUCUUCUGUCUUUUAUAAGAGGUGUGCCGGGGAACAAAAAAAAUGCAGCUGCAGAAGAAGCAACUUAAGAUGCAAAUUGAAAUCGCCUUCAACCUAAGGCUGUACCGUCAACUUGAGCAAAUAUCACUAUAACGACGACAGUGACUGGAAGAAAACGAACCUCUGUUGUUUCCAUGGAAUACCUUCGUUGAUCAAACUAUUUCGCUGAGGUUGCUUCUUUUUUUUCCCCGAAUACGUUAUCGAACGGAGUUGCAGACAAAAAUAUUUCAGGUUGCUUUUUUAUGACUGGCAUACGUUAUCAAGCGGAGUUGCAGAACUGAAAAUGGACCAAAACCCGGUGCCUUUUGUAAUUAAUGCUGCCCUGAACAUUCCAUUUUGUUUAGUUGCCGUUGCGGGAAAUUCGCUGGUUUUAGCUUCGUUUGCUAAGAACCGCUCACUCAUUUCACCGUCUAAUGUCAUUUUAAUCGGACUGGCGGUCUCUGAUCUUUGUGUGGGCGUAAUCGUCCAACCUUUGUACAUCGUGUGGAGAUUCAACCAAUUUUUCUCCAAGGACAACUGGGGAAAAGGAAUUCUCGAUUCACUUACACUGUUUUUAUCGUGUGCUCUGUGUUCUUUCUCAUUUUUGACCGUCACCACCCUCAGUGUCGACAGAUACUUAGCUUUGCGUCUUCAUCUACGUUACAGGGAACUUAUAACUGUUCGUCGUGUCUCCUAUUUUCUUAGUUUUGCUUGCAUGUCUGCGUUUUCCCUCUGCACAAUGACCGUAUUUCUACCUGCACACGAUGAAUACAUUGCCUCUGUCAUGGUGCUCGCUUUCUUCGUGAUAAAUACUGUAAUCUACUUCAAGAUUUAUUGCGUGGUACGCAGGCAUAGGAGGGAGAUAACAGAACAACAACAACACCAACCAGAACAACUACACACAAGCAGAAUUCCUGUCACAAGAUUUGCAAACAUUUUACGAUUGCGGAAUUCAUUUCUCGACACGUUUUAUGUGUACUUGAUUUUUUUGUGCUGUUAUCUUCCGUAUAUCUCCAUAGCAAUUAUAUUUCCCGAGUUCAAAACAAACUCUUCGCUUGUUAUUGCAUUCGAGAUUUCUUGGAGUUUGGUUUUCAUAAACUCCUCGCUGAAUCCUUUGCUAUAUUCAUGGCGGAUCAAGGGGGUUCGCGCAACGAUGAAAACAAUUCUACUAGGAUCUUCGAAAAGACAAUCAGCUCCGUCCAUAAGAAGGGAUGCCGGCCAUAGUUUUGCCAUGUACCAUAUAAAUCAUUCUUGUGAAGUUUUGUAAAUCAAUCUCGUCCAGUUAUGUAAGCAAUCUGCUGAGUAUUGCCAUUGUUGUCAAGUGAGGUAGACAAAAGUAAUUUUCAUUUUCCCAGCUCUACGCAGUGUUUAUUUGUACAUGUAUGACCACGCCACUAGAAUUAAACUGUUCUGAAGUACAGAUAUUAUUAAAAAUAUCCUUUUUUCACUGAAACCGUAAGGUUAGAGUUGAACGGAUUCCUGGACUGACGUUACUAUGUCUCACCCAGACUUAACGAAAAUGAAUUUCGUUGCGUGAUAUUUUCUUCUUUGUCAUGUAAAUCUUAGAAAAACGAGUAUUAUAUCAAUUCUAAAAUAAAAUAGACACAAAAAAAUCUCGAAAUAAUUGCAAAAGUAUAAAGUUUUGGUGAGGGUAUGCAAAAGUAAUAAUAAAAUUAGUAAUACACGAAGCUUUCGUUAACACAAAACGCAUUAUUUAACUUUUUAAGUAAGGUAUAUUAUGCUGAAAAAAUGUAGAUUAAACUCAGUCCUGGUUGAAAAUAGGGAAUGCUUUAUCCACCUCAUCUUAGCAUUUUGCCUUUAAUGUAUAAAUUGAACCUGUCAUUAGUUAACGUGAGAGGUCGUGCUUUUCGGUACUCUUAUUUUCACACGUAACAAACUAACAUUAAUUAAGCUAGCUUUAGAAACUCUUUACAUUAUCAACUCAGGUGGGAAAACCAAAUUAUGUCACAUAAUUAGCAUCGCGCUUUCAGGAUUGUGAAAACCUCUUUAGUUUCACACUUUUAUUUUACAGAUGUAACAAACGAACGUUACUGUAGCUUUAGAAACUCUCUGCUGUGGCCAAUUUAUGUUAUCAACACAGUUGAUAAAACCAAAUUAACAAUAUCUCACAUAAUUAGCCUCGCGCUUUGACGUGAAUUAUAAGCUAAACAAUCAAAAAACAAGCAAAUAAGCGUAGUCCUUAAUUAUCUUAAUGCUGCGAAUCCACGCGAAUACUUGUUUUUAAGAAAAUCAUUCGAAUUCACCAUCAGUAGGUUACCGCUAUCAGAGCCAAGUAUUAAUUUAGUUUGAUUCCAAUUAUUGCAUGCUUUCUAUAUUUCCCAGAAAAAUUGUCAAAACGUUUUAUUCUAGCGGACCAGCAAACUCACAAUUGCGCAUUAGGGGUAAAUGUACAUUUGCGCGUUGAAUACGGUCAGUGCCUUGCCUUUUGGUAAAAAAUUCAUGCUUGUUUGCAAAGCGCGGCGACAGGAUGCUGCUGUAACAAUUUUACUUCUGUUGUGAAGUAUUAAAUAUGUACUUUGUUGUCCGUUGGUUUUUUCUGUGUUUUCUAUUUGUAAAACAAAUGGUAAACAAGCUAAAGGUAAAAAGUUUGUAUCUUUUCUGUAGAAUAUUUUGCAUGUGUACUCUCGCAGAAUGAUUAUACUCUGGGGUGGGGGGGGGGGGAGUUUUUUUUGUAGCGGAGCUCGUAGAGCGUAGCCCCAUAAUUAUACAAAAUAGUAGUAACCCAUCAAGCCGAAAAAAUUUGGAUGUACGCCCGUACGACCGUACAAGGUGCUACUUUUAACAUGCGUGGUCAACUGUACCGCGGGCACAGUGGUCAGUGCACUAGGCUCCGAGUCGGACGACCUGGGUUCUAGUCCUGGCUGGGGCAAGGCGUUGAGACAUGCGGGAAAAAAAAAUGCGAGCUUCCGCUUUUAGGCUUGGGUAAAUAUUUAUAUUAUCGGUAAAGGCGGACCAAAUCUUGGGGGUUGCAAAUCUUCUAAGAAACUGGCACUUGUCUUCAUUUGCAGUAUGUUUGAACCUUUGCUAACAACGUAUGUUUAUGGUUGGAGAACACUGGUCACAAAAGACAGUCAUUAUGACGGCCAGCCCAAGAUGUAUUUUCGUAGGGUUUCAUACGCAACCUCCGUGAUUAUCUUACAUUCCCGCGUGUUGAAGCACACAUUUAGAAGUGUGCACUAACCUGAUUCACUCUUUUUUUGGAGCCCAUCGAUCGCCCGCACAAACAGACAUAUUUAGUUCAAAUUCAGUCAGUAAAAUUACACUGCUGGAAUUCUUACCAAUUCUUAAUUGAACGGUUUGAUACAAGGCCCUAUGGAACGGACAAAUGUGUCACAUGUGACUUCGAAAAAAAAAAAGGGUUGGGGAGGGGGGAUUAGGAAGAAAGUGUUGAAAUUGCCUUAUAAGUGAAAGUGUAAGGUAGGAGGCCAGUUUGCAAACAAUUAGUUAGUGAAGAUAAACGCUAAUUUUUGGUAUCUUUUUACUAACCUCGUUCUCUGUCUGAACUUUAAGUUACGGACCGAAUUUUUUCCCUGGCUUGGAUUUAAGGACAAAGCGCGCGGGCCAUAAAUCUGAGCGGAACAAACGAGGUUCCGUAACUCACGAGGAAAACGAGGAUAGUAAGAUUGUCAUAUUUAUUUUAUCUCCGAGUUCAAAUAGAGGGGAAAGAUUAAAGGGACAAAUUCAAACAACUUUUUAUAUUAAGCGCGCCGCACAGUAAAAUAUGUCCCACUAAAUUUACUGAUCAAAGCGCACGUAUUGACCAAGAGCUACCAUGAAGAGAAAUAACUGAAGCAACUUUGAGGGGAGUGGACCUAUAUCACUGCUUAUGUUUGAUAUCAAUGUUUCUGAUAUUGUUCCAUGUAACUCUUCAGGACUUGUCCAACUGGGCUGUUGGAUGGGUGGACUGGAACAUAGCUCUCAACAUGAAGGGAGGACCCAACUGGGUGAAGAACUUUGUUGACUCUCCAAUUAUUGUAGAUGCAGAGAAAGGACUUUUCUAUAAACAGGUAUAAAUUUGGUUGCAAUUUUUCAUUUUCACUCCAAAAGAAAUCAGUUUUGAACAAAGUUAUGGUCAUCUGCUAAGAAAAUUGGCUUUUGGGGUAAAGUUGUAGCCAGUGAUGAAAAUAAAAAAUUCUCACGCAUGCCCAGUUGUGAAACGGUUAAAAACAAAAGAAUUCUAAAAUACACUUCACCAUACAGUCAGAAGGAAACUAUACAAAAAUUUACUUUCCAUCAAUUGCACAGCAGUCAACAGAUGGUAAUGAUGAUGAUGAUGAUGAUGAUGAUGAUGAUGACAAUGAUGAAAAUCAGGGCAAUGAAGAUAAAACGGACAACGGUCAUUCUUGCUAAAAAAAAAGACUACCACAAUUAUUUGCAUUUCUCUGACAUAUAAAUACAUAUAUACAUAGAUAUCUUUUCUGCCCGGAUUUUCAGUGCCAGUUACUAAUGCUAUAAUUUCUGGUGAUUCUUCUAUUCACAGCCAAUGUUUUACCAUCUGGGCCACUUUAGUAAGUUUGUGCCUCCUGGCUCACAAAGAAUUGAGGUUACAGCAAGUGGCAAAUCUUCCCUUCAGUUCAUUGGUUUUACUACUCCAGCACCAUCCAUGUCAACAGUAGUUAUUAUACUCAACAAAGAUGACUUUGCAGUUGAAUUGCAAAUUAAUUCUCAAGAUGGUACCAUCACUGAGACUGUGCCACCAUCUUCCAUUCAAACUUACAUAUGGUAG